AUGUUAUUUAAAUCAAUAAUUUCAACAACUAUAUUAGCUUUAUCAAGUUAUGUUUUAGCAGAUGAUUUACCAGAAAUUGAAAUUGUUGGUAAUAAAUUUUUUUAUUCAAAUAAUGGUUCACAAUUUUUUAUGAAAGGUAUUGCAUAUCAACAAAAUAAUUUAAAUUCAAGUGAUUCAUUUGUUGAUCCAUUAGCUGAUCCAAAAACUUGUAAAAGAGAUAUUCCAUAUUUAUCUGCUGUUGAUACUAAUGUUAUUAGAGUUUAUGCUUUAGAUGUUACUGAAGAUCAUACUGAAUGUAUGGAAGCUUUAAUGGAUGCUGGUAUUUAUGUUAUUGCUGAUUUAUCACAACCUGAUGAAUCAAUUAACAGAAAAAAUCCUGAAUGGACUUUAGAUUUAUUUCAAAGAUAUACUUCAGUUGUUGAUUUAUUUCAUAAUUAUACUAAUAUUUUGGGAUUUUUUGCAGGUAAUGAAGUUACAAAUGAUGAUACAAAUACUGAUGCUUCUGCUUAUGUUAAAGCUGCUAUUAGAGAUACUAAAGCUUAUAUCAAGGCAAAAAAUUAUAGAAAUAUUCCAGUUGGUUAUUCAUCAAAUGAUGAUUCUACUAUUAGAGUUGCAUUAGCUGAUUAUUUUGCAUGUGGUGAUGAAGAUGAAAGAGCUGAUUUCUUUGGUAUUAAUAUGUAUGAAUGGUGUGGAUCAUCAACUUUUCAAUCAUCAGGUUAUCAAACUGCUACAAAUGAUUAUAAAAAUUUAGGAAUUCCAGUUUUUUUCUCUGAAUAUGGUUGUAAUGAAGUAUCACCAAGAAAAUUCCAAGAAGUUGGUACAUUAUUUGGUAAUCAAAUGACUGAUGUAUGGUCAGGUGGUAUUGUAUAUAUGUAUUUCCAAGAAGAAAAUGAUUAUGGUUUAGUUUCAAUUGAUUCAAAUGGUGAUGUUUCAACUUUAGGUGAUUAUAAUAAUUAUAAAUCAGAAAUUCAAAAAAUUAGUCCAUCAUCAGCUCAAGCUUCUGCAGUAAGUGCUACUGAAUCAGGUGUAACUUCAUGUCCAACUGCUACUGAUGUUUGGAAUGCUUCAACUGAUUUACCACCAACUCCUGAUAAAGAUAUUUGUGAUUGUAUGCAAUCUUCAUUAAAAUGUGUUGUUGCUGAUUCUGUUGAUUCUGAAGAUUAUGCUGAUAUGUAUAGUUAUGUUUGUUCUAAAAUUGAUUGUUCAGGUAUUGGUUCAAAUGGUACUACUGGUAAAUAUGGUGCUUAUUCUCCAUGUUCAGCAAAAGAAAAAUUAUCAUUUGUUUUAGAUCUUUAUUAUAAAGAUCAAAAUGAAAAUAGUUCAGCAUGUAAAUUUAGUGGUUCAGCCUCAUUAAAGAGUGCUUCUACUGCUUCUUCAUGUUCUGCUUAUUUAUCAUCAGCUGGUCCAUCAGGUGCUGGUACUGUUCAAGGUUCAGUUAGAACUGAUACUUCACAAGCUUCAGAUACUAAUGGUGGUGGUAAACAAAAUGGUGGUUCAUCAGGUUCAUCAAGUUCUUCAAGUGGUUCUGGAUCAUCAUCAGCUUCAGGAGGUUCUUCAUCUUCAUCAAGUGGUUCAUCAUCAGGUGGUAAAACUUCAAGUGGUUCAUUAUCAAUUGAUUUAACUACUUUAACUAAAAUUGGAGCUAUUGGAUUUUCAAUGGUUAUUGGUUUUGGUUUUAUUUUAAUUUAA